AAUGGUCAUCUUCCUCUUCAACAAUUUAGGGUUCUUCUGCUAUCUUUCAGCACACAAGAGACUCGAGAGCUCGAAGACGCCAUGGCGAGAAUCAAGGUUCAUGAGUUGAGGGAGAAAUCGAAGUCGGAUCUUUCUGCUCAGUUGAAAGAUCUGAAGGCAGAACUUGCUGUCCUCCGCGUCGCUAAGGUCACUGGCGGUGCUCCUAACAAGCUCUCUAAGAUCAAAGUGGUGAGGAAGUCGAUCGCACAGGUGUUGACUGUGAUCUCACAGAAACAAAAAUCUGCUCUAAGAGAGGCAUACAAAAACAAGAAGUUGUUGCCACUCGAUCUCCGUCCCAAGAAGACUAGAGCUAUCAGGAGAAGACUAACCAAGCACCAGUCUUCGCUGAAGACAGAACGAGAGAAGAAGAAAGAGAUGUACUUUCCAAUUAGAAAGUAUGCCAUCAAAGUUUAAUAUAUCAUUUUUUGUUGUCUCCCUCUGUUUUUUUUUUGUUGUUGUCAAAGCUCUUCUCUGAUAUAUGUGAACUAUCUUUGAAUGAAAAGUUUUUGUUCU